GGGUAGUAAGAAUUUUGUUUUUCAUUGAGAAGAAAAAAAAAUGCCAAUUUUCGCACGUUAAAAGGAAAAUAUAAGAAUGUUGGUAGGACUGAAUAUCGUGGUUGCUGCUGCUGCUGCUGCUGCUGGUGUUUGCUGGUGACUGUCAAAACCUACUUUCCUAUAUAUUCUCACGAGAAGCGCUCCUACGUUUUAGCCUCUCUUCGGAAAGGAAAAAGAAAAAAAUGAAUAAAUAAAAAGGAGAUAAAAUCUUGUUCUUUUAAUUUGAUAAUUUAUAUCCCUCAAAUAUGAGAGGCAAUGAAAAUUUAAACAAAGUGCGCGUUAACAAUGGCUAUUUAUAUAUGGUGAGAUUUUGAGAGAGUAGGUGAGAGUGAUUAUUUUUUCAUUAAAAAAGGCAACAGAGUGAGAUAAAAUCAAGUGAAUAAGUGAAGGAUAGAAGAGUAGCGAGAGAGAACGAGCAAAAAAAUUGUAUUAAUGUUUUUGUUGUGAUUAACGUUGUAUCUAUCGAGUUGCUCACAUCAGGUGGAAUUUUUGUGUAAAGACUGAUGUACGACAGACGAAAAUAUUGUUGCAAUAAACCAAUGGUUUCAAUGUGACUCCCAAAGGCAUUAGAAAUAAGAGACAAGCUUCCUGGUGAUAGAGAAUUGCUUAGAAUGUGAAAGUAUCCCAGUCUUUAUUAUCGUAAUAAUUGGAUUAGGUGAAUAAGAGUUCAAGUUUUAACAAAAAAGUCACAGGAUCAAGCUCGAGUAGUAAUAAUAAUAAUAACAACAACAAUAAUACUACUAGUUAAAAUGAGUGGUAAUUUGGAGGAAUGUCAAUCGAAAUGGAACUGCGAGUAUUGCACCUACGAGAAUUGGCCAUCAUCUUUGAAAUGCACAAUGUGCAGAGGUGCAAAACCCCUGCUGGGUGAAGACAUAUACAGGCUACGUGAUCCAAGCCCCCAAAGAUCAAAUGUUGCAUCAGGACCAGUUACAUGUUACAGUCAAUCAUCGACAGAUGCAUAUAAUUACAGUCAAAAUUUACCAUCAGGUGGUAAAUGGUCGUGCGAAGUAUGCACAUAUUUAAAUUACCAAAAUGCAUCAAAUUGUAUCCAGUGUAGUACAUCUAAGCCAGCUCCUCCUCAUCAUCUCCAGCACAUUCAAUCGAUUAUAAAUUCAGCAUCGAAUUUACAUGAACAUUUAGCACCACUUAGAUUGGGUGAUCCACCGCCAAAUACAAUAGCAUUAGGAAAUAAUUUAGCACCUGCUUCACAAAUGGAAAAAUGGUCAUGCCAUAUAUGUACUUAUGAAAAUUGGCCAAAGGCAACAAAAUGUAUAAUGUGUGCUCAUCAAAAGGAAAAUAAUAAUCAGCAGCAGCAGCAGCAGCUACAGCAGCUACAGCAACAACGUGAAAAUACAACAACAACAACAACAACAACAACAAAUUCGGCAAUUAUUUUACCAAGUCCUGAGAGAGAUGUCAAUCAAAGAGGUUUACCUUCACCACCGCAGUCAUAUGAAAAUUUAGCUGGAGCAAGACGAAGUGCCCAAAGACAUGAUGGAAGAAAUGACAAUUUAUUACCCCCCAUUGUACCCCAAGGGCCCAAUGACGUUGAUUAUGAGGCUAGACUUAAACAAUUUAGUCGUCGCAAAGAUUGGCGUUGGUUAAACGCAUGUCUAGGCAUUGUCGAAGGCCAAAAUGUACCGGUAGAGGCUUAUUUAGCAAGUGGAGGUGAUCCAGCACGUCAAUUGACCCAUUCCGAGGUUUUACUACUCAACAGAAGCAGUGCCUUCGAUGUAGGACAUACUCUCGUUCACUUGGCCAUUAGAUUUCAACGGGAGGAUAUAUUAGCAACACUAUUAUCACAAAUUGAAGGCUCUGGAUCGGGGAUAAAGAGAGUACCAAGUUAUGUAGCCCCAGAUUUGGCAGCUCAAAUUCGUAGACAUCUGACAAAUAGUAUUAGAUUGCGCAAGGGAUCACUUCCAUGUUACUUUAUUACUGACGUUGCAACCUUUGCCCUGCCAGCUGAAGUCGAAGACCUACCUAGUAAUGUUCAAGAGCAAAUGCUCGAGGAAUUGUUGGAUCGUGAAGCACAACAGCAAUUGGAGGGUGGUGGAGGUGAACCGCCAGCAUUGAAUUGGUCACUGGAGAUAACGGAGAGGCUUGGUAGUCGUUUACAUGCACUUUGGAAUAGAUCUGCUGGUGAUUGCCUUCUUGAUUCAGCUAUGCAAGCAACAUGGGGUGUUUUUGACAGGGAUAAUGCACUCAGACGCGCACUCGCUGAUUCUCUACAACAAGCAGGACAUUUAUUUUAUCCACGUUGGCGAGAAUAUGAGGCAUCCCAAGCAUCUAGAAUGUUAGAUUUUACACUUGAAGAGACCCAAUGGCAGGAUGAUUGGGAAAGUUUAUUGGCAACAGCAGCUCAGCCAGGCAGUGCGCUAGAACAAUUGCAUAUAUUCACACUUGCUCACAUUAUGAGAAGGCCUAUCAUUGUAUAUGGUGUUAAAUAUGUCAAGAGCUUCCGUGGUGAAGACAUUGGCUAUGCCAGAUUUGAGGGUGUCUAUUUGCCACUCCUCUGGGAGCCAUCAUUCUGUAUUCGUUCCCCAAUAGCACUUGGUUAUACGCGAGGUCAUUUCACAGCCCUUGUACCUAUUGAACCAUACGCUUCAUCCAGAUUAUCACACAGCGGUGUUGGAGUUGGUGGUGGUAACAGUCCAAUGCAACAACUCCAAAUACAAAUGCAAACAACAUUUAUGCCACUUAUGGAUAGAGAACGUAAAUUAUUACCAAUACAUUUUUUGACCUCCGAGGAAAUUGGUAGAGAAGAGACAAUAUUGAAACAAUGGCUCGAUGUUUGUACUACUGAGGGUGGUAUACUCGUUGCACAGCAGAAAUUACAUAAAAGGCCAUUGCUCGUUGCCCAAAUGCUCGAAGAAUGGCUCAAUCACUAUCGAAGAUUAGCCCAGAAUAAUGAUGCGCCAUACGUUCGUCCACCUGUUCUCCACGACUACAGUAGUGACGGUGAUACUGAGGAUGAAUAACGUCCGGCUGGUGCAAUUCAUCAGAUUUAAAAUAAUAAUAAUAAUAAUAAUAAUAAUAAUAUUAAUAAUAAUAAAACAAAGUAUUGAAAGGGGGUGAAUAAGCGUAUGGUCAUUUUCACAAUUCUCUUUUUUCAAUUAAAAUUAAUUCCUUUCUUCUGUUUUCUGAAUCAUUAUAACAUCUCCCAAGUCACAUCAACUAAGACGUUUUAUUAUUUAUUAACUUAUUCGCUACAAUGUAUGAAAAAAGUUUGCAAGCUUUUGUUUAUUAGUCUUCAUUUGUUUUUGUUUUUUCCUUCAUUUUAUUUUAUCAUAACAAUAGGGAUUUGGGAAAAUCUUACCGUUAAAUAAAAAUAAUUGAGAAAAAUAAAAAAUAAUAAUGAUUAAAGAGAAAGAGAUACAUUGAAUUAGCUUAAAUUAGAUCGUGAUAUAUAUGGUACACAAUUGUGUCCAGGAUUUUACAUUUUUUGAAAAAAAUUUAAUCUUUGAAAAAGAAAAUGAUCGAUACGACAAGAAAAAAAAAUGAAUCGUCAAUUAUCCACAGUUCAUUCGGACGAUUUGUCAUGUAGUAUCAAUAAUUUCUGUUUAUUGAUACUGAUCUAAGGAUCGUUACAGAACAAUUGAACCAGUACUGUAGAUUUUUUAUGCAGCUUCUCUCGGUCACAAAGAUUAUUGCAAUGUAAUAAAACUAAUUUAAAAAAAUAUAAAAGAAUUUAUGGAGAGAGUCUAAGCUUGUUACAUAGAUCUAAAGUGGAUACAACGAUCCUAUGAUUUAAUAAUGAAUUCUAAUGAUAACAACUUGAAACGAAUCCUACGUUAGAAUGGCUUUCCGCGCAGAAUGCCAAUUACGUAAAGAAAAUAAUCAAGUAAUUGAAUCAGUAUGUUAAAAAAUAUAUUAUAUAUUAACGAAUGAUUCAAGCAACUAUCAAGUGAUAAAACUUUUCCAAAUACUAAUUUGGCAAAAGCUGAUUAAUUUAGCUGUAGAUUUAACAAAUUAUUCUGGGAAAAAUAAAGUCCACUUUUGGGUACGACUUGGUGAACAACUUUAAAAAAUUGGCAAUAGCCAAUUGAAAAACGAUUGAAUCCUAAUGACAAAAAAAGUACAAACACAAAAAUGCAAAAGAAUAUGAAAUUCAAUUGAAAAAGCAAAAAAAAACGACGCUAAAAAUAAUGUUCGUGAUGUCAAAAAAAGUUGCUGUCCACUUUGAUUACGUCUUUUUCUCCUAAAUGGAAAAUAUUAUUAUUAUUAUUAUUAUUAUUAUUAUUAUUAUUAUUAUUAUUUUCUUUCAUUUGGAAAUCCUAGUUUCUAGUCCAUUAGCACUGUCGUACUUUUUCAAACACAUAAAAGGUGAUCUAUAGCUGUAUAAUUGAAAGUAGAAAAUAUAAGGAAGUACUAAAGAUAAAGAAAUAAUCAUAUAUUCUAAUGAAGAGGAGGGAAAAAACGAGUGGAAGAAUGAUUGGGCAUGUCUGAACGGAUUGAAAGAAAAUCUUCAAGUUUCACAAAUUAACUGCUACCAUAAACAAAAAGUUGUUAGCUCAAUUGGUUCAAUUUCUUAGAAUUUAUUCCUCUUACCAAGCAGUUAACUCGUUUUAAUUAAUGAUUAAUUUCGGCCUUCCUGAUGAUAAUAUUAUUAGAGAAACAAUAAGCAAAAGAAAAAAUUAAAAUAAUUUGGUAUCCGAUGUUGCCAGAUUUUUCCCUUAGUACGUGAUAAAGAUGAAAAAAAUUAAAUACAUAAAUAAGAAAUUGAAUGGGGAUAGUAGAAGUCUUAUAUGAAAUGGAUUAUAUUGAAUAAUAUAUGGAUGUAAAAUAACUAUCUAUGACAAUGAAUUUUGGUUAUUUAAAUGUUUUCAUAGUGAUUUGACAUUUUUUUACAUUGAACUUAUAUAGAUAGAAUCCGGCAUUGAAUAUUCAUUAUUAAAUGUCACUAAACGUUCAAACAAAGAUGGUGAAAAGAUUUGCUGCUAUAAAAAUCCCUUCCGAUGUUUAUCAAGAAGGUAAUACUGAAAAUACAACACACAUCCUAUAAGCAAUUUUUAUGGAUAUUAUUUGUGAAUUCAGUGGAAUGAACAAGCGACGUUUUUCAAUGGACUAGAAAUUGGCUUGAGUCUAUUGCACCGCUGAGACGAAAAUUUCUCACACUUCUCCCAGUAAAAAUAUACAUUAAGAACAUUUUAUGAUGUAAAUUGUGGUGGAGGCGAGCCUCAAAAAUAGAGUUGAAGCCAAAAGCUCUUACUUGAA